AUACUAUCUCGUGACUGCAGGCAAUGAAAUGACAUAAAAUGGCUUCAAACAUCGCAUCACAACUUUCUUUAGUGUCGGAGUCGCUAUAUGUGGGACUGUGUCUUUCAUUGGGGACCUCUCAACAGGUGGCCAUGAGAAGGGAUAUAGCGGAUAUCAUCGAAAAAGUGGGUAGUCUAGUCAGAUCAAGCGACAUGUUCCAACGCAUGGUCAGUGGAAGUUACAAAGAAGGAUUCCGACUGUCGGGGUCAGAUAGAGACACCAUGUUUUGGCCCACUGACCACAAGGUACUUUGGAACAUAUCGCAGCUUCAGUUCUAUAACAUACACAGCGAGACUUUGAUUCUCUGCGAUUGUUCUGAAAGCCCACCGGGGUUCGCCUUACUUCAAUUACUGACGCCAAAACUUCCGAUUCUUUCAUCUUGCAUUACACUGAAAGGUAAACUUUACAUAUCUAGUUCCAAAUAUCGACAGCGUAUGUGUUCCACAAUCAUUCCUAAUUCUACGAUACAUGGACCUUGUGGAAGUGGAUCUAUAGGUGGUUUAGAAUUUGAUAACGCCCACUGUUUUGCCUCAGACUUUUGGCCUCCAUCUGCCUCUUCUUGGAUAGACAGAUGUCACUCAUGGCCCAAUCCACAGGCUAUAUGUGAUAUAGUACUAAAGGGAUGUCAUUUUGUAGCAAUAGGAAAUAAAUUUGGAAAUCAAGAAGACCAUGAAUGGAGAAUAUCAUUCGCAGUUGCAGAACAAAAACUUGUGCGUGGAAUGAAUCAUUGUCAAUUUCUUACUUAUGGUUUGCUUAAACGAUUCUUAAAAGAAGUCAUUAACAAAGGAUUAAUUGAUGAGAAAAAGUUGCUGUGUUCAUACUACAUGAAGACAGCAGUUUUCUGGGUGAUACAACAAAACACGAAACUUCAUUGGUUUCCACAAAAUCUCCUGGAGUGUUUCUGGGUCUGCUUCAAACUCAUUCUCAAAUGGGUGUAUGAGGGAGUCUGUCCUAACUUUUUCAUUCCUCAAAAUAACAUGUUUCUGAAAGUCCAUGGUGAAGCACAAAGAAAAUUAUUUGUUAGACUGUACGGUUUGUAUGAGGAAGGGUUAGAAUGUCUGCUAAAAAGUAGCUCCAUCAAUUCCCUUAUUGUGAAUAUCCCCCAUAACCCCAGACGCUCUAUCAGUCCAGAUGAUCACACUCUCAUAUCCGAGUUCGCAUUUGAUGUUGAAAUAUUUAGGGAGUUAUGUCAUAGGGGUGAAUUAUACCCACAUGACCUACCUAGCUGUAUGAUGCACCUACAUGCCAUGGAAAAGCUGAUUGGUUCACCUCUGACACAGUAUCAAGUUGUGAUAUUACAAAAACUUACAUCCACCAUUCUUCAAAGAACUGCUAAUAUAAUACAUAACAUGGUUAGACACACAGGGGUGAACAAAAAAUCUACAUUGUUGACAAAAUGUCGCGUCACAUGUUGAAAUUAUCAGCCAAGUUUGGUUGUAUUUCUGACAUGCUGUACAUAGCUAUGUAUUAUUACAAGACGUAUAGAUACAAACAAGUUUUAUCUAUAACACAGGUGAUAAAGGCAAAGUUAGCACAACCAUACGUGAUGUAUAGAUUUAAAGGAGAUGCAGAAAUGUACACUGAGGCUGUAGGAGGACAGUCAUGGUCUACAAAGUUAAAAAAAGCUGUUGCAUGGAAUGUGGGACUUGAAAAUUUUAGCGGCUACAUGUACAUCAAUGAAUUAAUGCCGGAGCAUUCAUCUGGCAUAGGAAACAUGGAUCACUUCGAACCGUUGUUAAUAAUCCCGCCAUUUAUACUGCUGUAUUUAUUAGAGAUUUUAUGCUACAGACACACCAACAUAAAAAGAGGACAAAAAGCUCUGAAUGAUCUAAAGACCCUAGUUCACUAUGAUCAGGGACAGUUUAUAGAUAUAAUUCUCAGAGACAUCUCCUGGCAGAUUCUGGGGAUCUGUCAACAGGUGACAGGGGACUUUCACGCUGCUCUAUACUCAUACCAAUAUUCACUCCACCAGUUGCCAUAUAACAAAAUACAGAUUGCCACAAUGAUCAGAAUAAUAAUAGCAAUCUAUAAACUCUUAAAUGUUUUUUAG